GCUUGCUCCCAGUCAACUGAGAAACUGCUAAACAAAAAAGAAAGAGGAAAAAAGCUAGAGACGGCAAAAAGAAGCCUAGAACAGAUAUUCGACAAAAGGACGGGGAGUCGGGCAUACAAAUGCCCAGGAGGGGAAAAGAGACACGAGACAAAAGUCAAAUCCCAAAGACAGCACAAAACAAAAAAAUGUCCCGGACUUUACCAAACAUUAUCGUGACGGGCACGCCCGGCGUGGGCAAGACGACGCACUGCGAGGUGCUAGCGCAGCGGACGGGGCUCAAGCACCUCUCGGUCAACCACGUCGUCAAGGACAAGCAGUGCCACGAGGGCUGGGACGACGAGUACCAGAGCUGGAUCGUAGACGAGGACAAGCUGCUCGACGCCAUAGAGGACGAGGCCAAGGCUGGCGGCUGCAUAAUCGACUGGCACGCCUGCGACUUGUUCCCCAAGAGCUGGAUCGACCUCGUCGUGGUGCUGAGGGUGGACUCGACGACGCUCUACGACAGGCUGACCGAGAGAAAAUACCCCGAGGCCAAGCUCCAAGAGAACCUGGACUCGGAGAUCAUGGAGGUGCUCCUGCAGGAGGCGCGGGACUCGUACGACGAGGAGAUCGUGGUGGAGCUGCAGAGCAACACGACCGACGAGAUGGAGAGCAACGUCGACCGCGUCGAGGCCUGGUUCAAGCAGUGGAAGAUUGACAAUGGUGGUGAGGGCCAGAAGGGCUGAGCUGGGGUUGAUGUUGGGCGAGGGGAGAUUGGGAUUAUGGAACAGGGGAUAGAGAGGGGAUAAUCAAUGGACAUGAGGGAAAUGAUAGAGUGUCUGUGACCAAGAAAAAAACGAGGGAUAAUUCCAAAACCGCAGGGCUUCGUUGUGGUGAUAGAUGUCACAUACCGUAAAUCGCAAAGGGGAGAUACAAAUGGAUGGCUUCAACGGCAGUCUGAUUUAGGGGGUAGCUCUCGCCGCGCUGGGGGGUG